AUGCAAGUUGCAUCGCUCGUCCUCGCCUUUGUGGUCGGCGCAUCGCGCGCGAAGCCCGUGUACCUGGCCAAUCGCGAUGCCGUCGCCCCACCUAUCACGAACCCCACGGCGCAGACGGUGUGGAGGGCCGGAGAGACGCAGACGGUGACCUGGGACGUCUCUGCGCUGAACGGCUCAACACCCUCGAACCCAUUGGCGCAGAUCAUCCUCGGCACGCUCACCCCCGACGGUGAUGAACACCUCAUGUUCCAAACUCCGCUGGCGAAGGGCUUCCCCAUAUUGGGCGGAAACGUUACCCUCACGGUUCCCUCGGUGCCUUCAGGCGAGACCUACAUCGUGUGCCUGUUCGGGACUUCGGACGAUAUCAGCCCUACAUUCACAAUCAUCGGAACCGACGCCUCAUCCUCAGCCGCGCCCUCCAGCGCUCCAUCGAGCUCUGCCCCAUCGCUCAGCGGUCCCGCAUUGUCGACCGCGAGCACUGCAGAAGCGUCAUCAGCCGCCCCCGCGGCUACGACUGCUACGACUAGUGUGGUCUCUGCUACACCUACUUCUCCCAGCUCCAGCACCACAGCUCGGAGCAACCCCCCGCCGUCGAGCCUCUCCGGGGGUACGAACAGCGCGAGCGUCCUGGCAGGAAACGCGACCUCUGCCGCGGUUUCUUCUCCGAGCGGGAGUGCAAGCGCGGCUGCUGGGACGUCAGGCGCAUCGCGCAUUGCUGUCCAGGGGCAUCUUUGGGGGUCCUGCUUAGCGUUGUUCCUCGCGCUCGCUCUCUGA